AUGAAAGAUGUGUGGGGACUAAUAGCAGAAGAUUAUUCAGUGCUUGUUGUGAAAAGGUUCAAUCACUUCGUCCAGAACAAGAAAAAGAGAAGAAAUUUUUCCUUUAAUUUAAUCCAUUUCUUUAUGAAGUAUCUCCUGCUACAAGCUAUAUGGGCUACGUUAUCUUCUAUUAUCAGUUUCAUUCCAACUAUGUUACUAAAACGUAUAUUAGAGUUUGUCGAAGAUCAAAGCACAGCUCCUUUGAAUUUAGCAUGGUGUUACAUAUUUGCAAUGUUCUUAUCCCGUAUUCUCACCGCUACCUUUGCAGCGCAAGCACUAUUUUUAGGUAGAAGAGUGUGCAUAAGAAUGAAGGCUAUCAUUAUUGCAGAGAUUUAUUCCAAAGCCCUAAGAAGAAAGGUAUCUCCAAAUUCUGCAAAAGAUCCCACUGAUGUUGUCGAUCCUCAACAACUGAACGAUGAACAUAAUAUUGAUGGUGAUGAGGAGUCCUCCACCACUGCAAAUUUGGGUGCGAUUAUUAAUUUGAUGGCUGUCGAUGCUUUCAAGGUUUCUGAAAUAUGUGCUUACUUGCAUUCGUUUGUUGAAGCAGUCAUAAUGACGAUUAUUGCAUUGACCUUAUUGUAUAGAUUGUUGGGUUGGUCUGCAUUGGUCGGCGCUUUGAUGAUUAUUUGUCUACUACCAUUAAAUUUCAAACUAGCUACACUAUUAGGAACCAUGCAAAAGAAAGCUUUAGCAAUUACUGAUAAGAGAAUCCAGAAAUUGAACGAAGCCUUCCAAGCAAUCAGAAUCAUCAAGUUCUUUUCUUGGGAAGAAAACUUCGAAAAUGAUAUCCAAAAGACCAGAGAUGAAGAACUUAACAUGUUAUUAAGAAGAUCCAUGGUUUGGGCGUGCUCGUCAUUGGUAUGGUUCAUUACCCCAUCAAUUGUUACAUCGGCUUCUUUUGCGACAUAUAUCUAUGUUCAAGGUAAGACAUUAACCACACCAGUUGCAUUCACCGCACUUUCAUUAUUUGCCCUAUUGAGAAACCCAUUAGACAUGCUUUCUGAUAUGCUAUCCUUUGUUAUUCAGUCUAAGGUUUCUUUGGAUAGAGUCCAAGAAUUCCUCGAUGAAGAAGAUACGAAAAAGUAUGACCAGGUUACCAUCUCCAGAAAUAAACUUGGUUUCCAGAAUGCAACCUUUACAUGGGACCGCAAUAACCAAGAAUUCAAAUUAAAAGAUUUGUCAAUUGAUUUCAAAAUUGGUAAACUAAAUGUUAUUAUCGGACCAACUGGUUCUGGUAAAACAUCUUUGUUAAUGGGUUUACUUGGUGAAAUGGAACUAUUAAGUGGGAAAGUUAUUGUUCCUUCCCUAGAUCCUAGAGAAGAAUUGGUAGUAGAAGCUGAUGGGAUGACUAAUUCGAUCGCAUAUUGUUCACAAGCGGCAUGGUUGUUAAAUGACACAGUCAGAAACAACAUUUUAUUCAACUCGCCUUACAAUGAAAGUAGAUAUAAUGCAGUGACCAGUGCCUGUGGUUUGACUCGUGAUUUUGAAAUUUUAAGUGCUGGUGAUCAGACUGAAAUUGGUGAAAAAGGUAUAACACUUUCCGGUGGACAAAAGCAAAGAGUCUCCUUGGCUAGAGCUCUAUAUUCAUCUUCGAGACAUGUGCUAUUAGAUGAUUGCUUAAGUGCUGUCGAUUCUCAUACUGCUUUAUGGAUAUACGAAAACUGUAUAACUGGUCCUUUGAUGCAGGGGAGAACUUGCGUUUUAGUCUCUCAUAACGUUGCUUUAACUCUUAAAAGUGCUGAUUGGGUUGUGAUAUUGGAGAACGGUAGAAUAAAGGAGCAAGGUGAACCAAUUGAGUUGCUACACAAAGGUUCGCUUGGGGAAGAUUCCGUUGUUAAGUCUUCAAUCCUAUCUCGGACUGCUUCCUCUGUAAACUUAACAGAAAGCAAUAGAAUUGUGGAUAAAUCAGGAUCUUCUAGCGCGGACGCAAAGGCUACUGAAACGAAAAAGGGCAAUGAGGCAAAACAAAAAACGGAUGGUAAGUUGAUUUCAGAAGAAACAAAAUCAAAUGGUGUUGUCUCUCUUGAUGUCUACAAGUGGUACUCUGUAUUCUUUGGUGGUUUCAAAAUGAUAUUCUGUUUGUGUUGUUUAUUCUUAUUUGCGCAACUAAUCGAAAUUUCUCAAGCUUGGUGGUUACGUGCAUGGGCAUCAAAUAAUAGCAUAAAUGUUGUUACUCAAGCAACUUCUUUUAGGAUCACUGGUUUCUUGCAGCCAAUGAAAAAGGCUACCCCUAUGUUGUUUGGUUCUACAUCAUCAGAAAUUGAAACACAAUCGAUGACUAAGUCUGGCCAUUCUACUGCAUAUUACCUUCUAAUAUAUCUAGGUAUUGGUCUCUUCCAAGCUCUCUGCUCUUCUACUAAGAUUAUCAUAAGUUUCUUAGCUGGUAUCAGAGCAUCAAGAAAGAUUUUCAACCUGCUUUUGAAAAAUGUUCUUUAUGCCAAACUUAGAUUCUUUGACUCAACACCAAUUGGUAGAAUUAUGAACCGUUUCUCUAAGGAUAUCGAGUCUAUCGAUCAAGAAUUAACACCAUAUAUGGAAGGUGCCUUUGCCUCUCUCAUUCAAUGUGUAUCCACUAUUGUUGUGAUCGCUUAUAUUACACCCCAAUUCUUGGCAGUCGCCGCUCUUGUUAUGCUGCUUUACUACUUUGUAGCAUAUUUCUACAUGGCUGGAUCAAGAGAAUUAAAACGUCUCGAAUCUAUUUCUCGUUCUCCCAUCCAUCAACACUUCUCAGAAACCCUCGUCGGUAUUACUACCAUUCGUGCAUUCUGUGAUGAACGUCGUUUCAUGGUAGAAAAUUUGAAAAAAAUUGAUAACAACAAUAGACCAUUCUUCUAUUUAUGGGUCUGCAAUAGAUGGCUAUCAUUCAGAAUUGAGUUAAUUGGUGCACUAAUUGUCUUAGCCGCUGGUAGUUUUAUCUUGCUAAAUAUUAAGUCAAUUGAUUCUGGUUUGGCUGGUAUCUCUUUAGGGUUUGCUAUAUCAUUUACAGAUGGUGCACUAUGGGUUGUUAGAUUGUAUUCUAACGUUGAAAUGAAUAUGAACUCAGUAGAAAGAUUAAAAGAGUACACAGAUAUCGAACAGGAACCCUCUAAUGUUGGUGCAUAUGUUCCUCCUCAGGAAUGGCCACAAAAAGGUAAAAUUGAGGUUCAUGAUUUGUCGCUUCGUUAUGAUCCUAAACUUCCUAGAGUGAUUAAAAAUGUCUCAUUUUCUGUGGAUCCUAAAUGUAAAGUGGGAAUUGUUGGAAGAACGGGUGCAGGUAAAUCUACAAUUAUCACAGCUUUAUUCAGAUUUUUGGAUCCAGAAACUGGCUAUAUCAAGAUUGAUGAUGUGGACAUCACAUCUAUAGGAUUGAAACGUCUACGUCAAUCUAUAACUAUUAUUCCACAAGAUCCAACCCUUUUCACAGGUACCCUAAAAACAAAUUUAGAUCCAUAUGACGAAUAUUCAGACUCCCAAAUCUUUGAAGCAUUGAAACGUGUAAACCUAGUUUCUGAGGAAGAGUUAAAUCCAAAUAAUACCUCAGAUGCUUCAUCUUCGAAGUCGGAAAAUGCUAACAAGUUUUUGGACCUUGACAACGAAGUCACUGAAGGUGGUGCUAAUUUGUCUCAAGGCCAACGUCAAUUAGUUUGUUUAGCUCGUUCAUUGUUACGCUCUCCAAAGGUGAUUUUACUUGAUGAGGCUACUGCGUCAAUCGACUACAGCUCCGAUGCUAAAAUUCAAGCAACCAUUAGGGAGGAAUUUAGCAACAGUACAAUUUUGACAAUUGCUCAUCGUCUAAGAUCUAUCAUUGACUACGACAAGAUUCUUGUUAUGGACGCUGGUGAGGUUAAGGAAUACGACCAUCCAUACUCACUAUUAUUAAACCAUGAGAGUAUUUUCUAUAGUAUGUGCGAGGAUAGUGGUGAACUCGAAGCUCUAAUCCAGUUGGCAAAAGAAUCUUUUGUCAGAAAACUAAACUCUAAUUGA